AUGAGUCUCCGCAUUCUCGAGAAGCGAAGUCCGACGCAGCCGUCGACUUCCGAGGGAUCAUCCAACGACAUGAACGGAACAGCCCUUCGUGCUCAGAAAGUGCUCGCAGUCCUUUACAGCGGCGGCAAAUAUGGAGCUCGCAAUCCACGCAUGCUCGGCACGACUGAGCAAGCACUCGGUCUGGGCGACUAUCUAAAGUCUAAAGGUCACACGCUUGUGGUCACAGACGACAAGGAAGGCGCCGACUCGACUUUUCAGAAAGAGAUUGUUGAUGCUGACAUCCUCAUCACCACGCCAUUCCAUCCCGGCUAUGCCACACGCGACGUCAUCAGCAAGGCAAAGAAUCUCAAGCUCUGCAUUACUGCUGGCGUCGGCUCUGACCACAUUGAUCUCAAUGCCGCAAACGAACGCAAGAUCACCGUAGCAGAAGUGAGCGGCUCGAACGUCGUCUCUGUAGCAGAGCAUGUCGUCAUGACCAUGCUCUGUCUCGUUCGCAACUUUGUACCCGCUCACGAGCAGAUCCGCGCAGGCGACUGGAAUGUCGCCAAGGUCGCGCAAGAUGCUUAUGAUAUCGAAGGCAAGGUCAUUGGCACUAUCGGAGCCGGCCGUAUCGGUCAACGCGUCCUUCGUCGUCUGCAACCAUUCGACCCCAAGCAGCUGUACUACUACGACUACACAGAGCUGCCAAAUGAGAUCGCAAAGGACAUCAAGGUCGAGCGCAUCACGGAUCUCAAGGAGUUCCUCGGCAAGCUAGACAUCCUGACCAUCAAUUGCCCCCUGCACGAACAGACCAAGGGUAUGAUCAACAAGGAGACGAUUGGCUGGAUGAAGAAGGGUUCCUGGAUCGUCAACACAGCCCGUGGUGCAAUUUGUGACGCUGACGCUAUUGCUGAGGCGGUCAACUCGGGCCACUUGCUUGGCUAUGGUGGUGAUGUCUGGCCGGUCCAGCCUGCACCUGCAAAUAUGCCUUGGCGCACAAUGGCGCACCCCAAUUCGGAGGGUGACAAGUUCAACGUCGGCUCAGCAAUGACGCCGCACUACUCCGGCACGACGCUCGAUGCUCAGAAGCGCUAUGCCGACGGAACGAAAACCAUCCUUGAGAACUACCUCAAUCACAAGCCGCAGGAUCCUCAGAAUCUGAUUUGCGAAGGUGGCGAUUAUGCUACAAAGGCCUACGGGGCUGGCAAGCGUGCGUGA